GAAGAAAAUAUUACUGAAAUACCGUUUGCUGACUUUGGAAGGAAAGGAGGAAAGAGACCUACUGGCGUUAUCUUUGUAGUCAAAAAGCGGGAGCUGCUGCUGCUGAGUUUGUUCUGUGAUCACCUCUUGCUGAGCACCAGAAAUAUGGAUAGACUUCUGCGACUUGGAGGAGGUAUGCCUGGGCUGGGACAGGGGCCACCAACAGAUGCUCCUGCCGUCGAUACAGCGGAACAGGUUUAUAUCUCUUCCCUUGCACUGCUGAAAAUGUUGAAGCAUGGUCGUGCUGGUGUCCCUAUGGAAGUUAUGGGUUUGAUGCUCGGAGAAUUUGUUGAUGAUUACACUGUGAGAGUGAUUGAUGUUUUUGCAAUGCCACAGUCCGGAACGGGUGUCAGUGUGGAGGCAGUUGAUCCUGUUUUUCAAGCAAAAAUGUUGGAUAUGCUAAAACAGACGGGAAGACCUGAGAUGGUAGUUGGUUGGUAUCAUAGUCACCCUGGCUUUGGCUGUUGGUUGUCUGGUGUAGAUAUCAAUACUCAGCAGAGCUUUGAAGCCUUAUCAGAAAGAGCUGUUGCUGUGGUGGUGGAUCCCAUUCAGAGUGUAAAAGGAAAGGUUGUUAUUGAUGCCUUCAGGUUGAUCAAUGCUAAUAUGAUGGUCUUGGGACAUGAACCAAGACAAACAACUUCAAAUCUGGGUCACUUAAACAAGCCAUCUAUCCAGGCACUAAUUCAUGGACUAAACAGACAUUACUAUUCCAUCACCAUCAACUACAGGAAGAAUGAACUAGAACAGAAGAUGUUACUAAACUUGCAUAAGAAGAGUUGGAUGGAAGGUUUGACACUUCAGGACUACAGUGAACAUUGCAAACUCAAUGAAACAGUAGUGAAGGAGAUGUUAGAAUUAGCUAAGAAUUAUAACAAGGCUGUUGAAGAAGAAGAUAAGAUGACACCUGAACAGCUGGCAAUAAAAAAUGUUGGCAAGCAGGACCCCAAACGUCAUUUAGAAGAGCAUGUGGAUGUGCUGAUGACCUCAAACAUUGUCCAGUGUUUAGCUGCUAUGUUGGAUACAGUUGUAUUUAAAUAACCAAUUUACUGUUUGUGAUGCUUUCUGUGUAUAUUUGUUUAUUGUUUCUAAUACUCACAAAACAGAGACUGUUGAGGGUAUAUUUGAUUAAACAGAGACAUCUGACUUCGUUUGCAAUGUAAGUGCAGCACUAUAACACCUUUCAGUCUCUAAUUGUGCAGUUGCUUCAGUUUCUUUAUGUCAGGGUCUUUACAGACUCCAAAGUAUUCAAGAACACAAUGUGGGCAAAAAAUGUAUUACUUUUCAUUUAAUAUUUGGGGGGAAAAUCAGUAGUACAUAUAUAUUUUGAUUGUUGCAACAUAAUAAAAAUACAUUUACAAACCUG